GGUGAGUUCACCAUAUUUUCCUCGAUUCCGAGGGAUCAAACGGCGGAGUCCCGAUUUUUUCUCGUUUUCGUUUUCUUUUUAACCUCUGCGAGACAAAACGAAAUCCCCUUUUUGUUCAACCGUCCCCAUCGCCCUCACUGGAUUUUCUCUGCUUUAACUUUCGACUUGAAAUUUGAAAGCUGCCUCAAACCGAGAUUGUAUUCUGCACCAAACCGAGUUUCGCAUCUGUUCCUUCCGCUGUGGCGCCCAUGGAUGCUUGUGUGAAACAGGAACUGUUGGAGACUCCUAUUGUGACCGAGAGGAGGCCUCGAAACGCCGUCGUUUCGGUUCCUCCCCCGGGUUCGGUUAUUGAACUUAGCAGCAGCGAUUCCGAUUCGGACUGCGAUUUGGACAGCGUAGUCGCAAGCGUGGUGCGGACCGGUGACUCGGGAGAGAGUCCUUCCAAGAAGCGACGGACCAACGACGGCGCAGUGGUUUUGCCGGUUGGAUUCCUCAGUCCUCUCCCGCCGGCGCCGCCUCCUUUGACGGCUGUGCUAUCCUUGCCGGCGCCGGAGCGGGCUUCCAACUCGGCCUCGCGGCUCAACUCGAAUACGAGUUUGACUGUGAAUGGCAGCAAGCAGUUCUGGAAGGCUGGAGAUUACGAUGGUGCUCCUCCGGGUGGAUCUGGAUCUUCGACAGUGGGUAUGGAUCAUGUCAGAGUUCACCCCAAGUUUUUGCACUCUAAUGCUACGAGUCAUAAGUGGGCGCUUGGAGCUUUUGCGGAACUUUUGGACAAUUCAUUGGAUGAGGUUUGUAAUGGGGCCACAUAUGCUAAUGUAGAUAUGCUUAUAAAUAAGAAAGAUGGCACCAGGAUGUUACUGGUUGAAGAUAAUGGUGGUGGGAUGGAUCCUGAUAAAAUGCGCCAAUGCAUGUCGCUGGGGUAUUCCGUGAAAAGCAAAUUGGCAAAUACAAUUGGACAAUAUGGAAAUGGCUUUAAAACAAGUACCAUGAGACUUGGGGCUGAUGUAAUUGUAUUUUCCCGAUAUCCUGGGAAAGAUGGGAAAAGCUCUACACAAAGCAUAGGGUUGCUGUCAUACACAUUUUUGAGGAGUACAGGGAAGGAAGACAUUGUAGUACCCAUGCUGGACUAUGAAAGAAGAGGACAGGAAUGGAAUAAGAUAAUACGGACUUCUCUGGAUGAUUGGAAUAAAAAUGUUGAAACAAUAGUGCAGUGGUCACCAUUUUCUGAUGAGGCUGAUCUUCUUCGUCAGUUCAACUUGGUGAAAGAUCAUGGUACACGAGUAAUUAUAUACAAUCUUUGGGAGGAUGAUCAAGGUCAGCUGGAACUUGAUUUCGAUGCAGACCCACAUGAUAUCCAAAUAAGAGGUGUAAAUCGAGAUGAGAAAAACAUACAGAUGGCUAAAGAGUUUCCCAACUCUAGACACUUCUUGACCUAUCGACAUUCACUAAGGAGUUAUGCCUCAAUUUUAUAUCUGAGACUUCCUGUUGGCUUCCGAAUUAUUCUUCGUGGGAAAGAUAUUUUGCAUCACAACAUAGUGAAUGAUAUGAUGAUGUCUCAGGAGGUGACCUACCGGCCACAAUCUGCAGCUGAUGGGCUUAUAAAGGAUUCAAAUAUGAUUGCUGUUGUUACUAUUGGAUUUGUCAAGGACGCAGUUCACCACGUCGAUGUCUCAGGAUUUAAUGUUUAUCAUAAGAAUCGACUCAUUAAGCCAUUCUGGAGGAUCUGGAAUCCAGCUGGAAGUGGAGGGCGUGGGGUCAUAGGAGUGUUGGAAGCCAAUUUUGUUGAACCUGCCCAUGAUAAGCAAGGCUUUGAGCGUACUUUAGUUUUAUCAAGACUGGAGUCUAAAUUGAUACAAAUGCAGAAAAAAUACUGGAGCACUAACUGCCAUAAAAUUGGUUAUGCUUCCAAUCGAAGUAAAAUACUAAUCAGAGAUUCUGCUGAUAAAGAGACAUCUCCUGAUUUGGUUCCAGAAUUAUCACAAUCAAAAAGGAAAUUUCCUACCAUGGAAGGAAAGGCGACACAGUUGACAUCAGACAAAUUGUAUUCACAGUCAAAUCAGAAACGAAUACAAAAACAAACAGAAAAAUAUAGUGCAUAUACCAAUGGUCAAAUUUCAGUCUCUCCUAAACGUAGAAUACAAAGUUCAUCUGAACAAUCAUCAUCUGAAGAUGAUGUCAGUGAUAAUGGCAUGCCUAUGAAAAAAUCUCAAACGAAAUAUAUUGCUGAAAAAUCAUUUGAAAAUGAGAAUGGAUGUUCUCAAGAUACAUCAAUUGGAAAAGCCUCGCAGUACACACGGGGAUCCAAACUAAAGGGAAAAGAUGUAGAUGAUGGUGAGCAACCACUAUCUGGCAAUGAUUUACUGACUCUAGAGCAAUUGAAAAAAGAGAAUCGUGAAUUGAAGGAAAGAUUGCAGAGGAAGGAGGAAGAAAUUUUAGGGGACGUGUUGCAGGCUCUGCAAGUCGAGAAAGACAGGUGUAAAUCUCUCGAAACUCAGCUCAAUGAUGCUGAAAAAAGAAUUGAAGAGUUGAACAAUGAUCAAGAAACUCUGAUUGAUGUAUUCUCUGAAGAGAGGGAUAGACGUGAUUCUGAAGAGAAAAGUUUGAGAAAGAAGUUGCAGGAGGCAUCAAAUACUAUCGAAGAGCUUCUUGAGAAGAUACGGAUGCUUGAACGGAAGUCUUCAAGCGGCAGACUAGAACGAUGAAGGCCUUGGUACUGUAUUUUCCGAGGGAUUGAGUGUUGUAUCUACGUGGCAUCAGGAGCAGGAGCCUAUGCUUUUUGCUGUGCUGGUUUUAUUAUCAUUUAAUUCCACUAACUUAGGAUGUAGAAUAAGACUGUUCAUUGUUUGUAUAGUUUUUACGUCUGCCUAGUAUUGACGUUUAAUUUUCUUGGUGACUAAAUUGUAUUUGACAUGGUGACUAAUCGAACAAAAUGUUCUUUACCAUAGUAUUUGAAGCAAUUAUUAUUACCUAGAAUAAUAAUAAUUAGAGGCACUUGGAACACAUUUGCUAAUUGGUGAACAGGAAACUUGCCAAAUUAGCUUUUUAUUUAUUAUUUUUUUUUAAUUUUAUAAAUUUCUUUGAAGGGGUAAUGAUAUUGUAAUUUUUGAA